GUUUAACCAAAAAAACAUUAAUUUUUCUCUCUGUUCUUUCUUCUAUCUUUCUAUUGCACCAGAAGAGAUGAUGGCCAAAAUUCAUUAUGAUCAGCUUCAACAACUCAAGGAGAUAUUCAAUCGGUUUGAUAUGGACCAGGACGGCAGCCUUACGCUGCUCGAGCUAGCCGCCCUCCUCCGAUCCCUCGGCCUUAAACCAGGUGGUGAUCAAGUCCAUGUCCUGUCGGCUAAAAUUGAUUCCAAUGGAAAUCGCUCCGUAGAAUUCGAUGAAUUGGUGGAUGCCAUAUUGCCUGACUUGAAUGAGGAGGUUUUGCUCAACCAGGAGCAAUUAAUGGAGGUUUUCCGGUCGUUUGAUCGCGAUGGAAAUGGCUAUAUAACCGCAGCCGAGUUGGCUGGUUCAAUGGCGAAAAUGGGACACCCCUUGACAUAUCGUGAGCUGACCCAGAUGAUGCAAGAAGCAGACAUGAAUGGCGAUGGUGUCAUAAGUUUCAAUGAGUUUGCUAGCAUCCUCGGAAAAAAAUCUGCUGGCGAAUACCUUGGACUUACUGUGUCCUAGCUAGGACAUGUCGAGCCUUUUCAUCGACUCCACAAAAUUAGACGAGAUAGCUAGAUAAAUACAAGGAUCAUUGACUUUGUUAAUCGUAAAAUUCUGAUUGAAUACUAUGUUAACAACGUCUGUCAAUUCGUUUCCAUAGGAAAUGGCGUCAGAAUCUAUCCAGAGAUCCAUUUCAAAAUCUACAUUGUUCUUUUGAUAAUUAGUUGAGAAGAAUUAUUUUAUAAUCAAAUGUUUUACCAUUCUUUCUUGGUGGAAA